AUGGCCGCUCCCCAGGAUACUCAGGGUACUCUCAAGAUUGAGAACACCGACAAGCGUGACACCCUCAUUGCCACCGAGAAGAAGUACCAGCAGCAGUGGAAGCAAGACGCCAUCUUCCAGUCCGACGCUCCCUCGCUCCAAGAUGUUCCCUUCCACUCAGUCAGCCCCGCCGAGCUUCGCGAGCAACAACCCAAACAGUACAUUCUUGAGGACUUCUCUCUGCNNAACGGCAUUUUGCACGCAGGCCACGCAUUCACAGUUUCAAAGGUCGAAUUCGCUACCGGAUGGGCCCGCAUGGAGGGCAAGAGAGCCCUCUUCCCCCAAGGAUACCACUGCACCGGUAUGCCCAUCAAGUCUUGCGCCGACAAGCUGGCCCGUGAGAUGGAAAUGUUUGGCAAGAACUUUGAAAACUACAAGGAGGACGACGCCGAGGAGGAUGCCGUGCCCGCUCCCACCCAGGAAACCACAAAGGCCGACAUUACAAAGUUCAGCGCGAAGAAGAGCAAGGCCGCAGCCAAGGCUGUCUCGAUGAAGUACCAGUUCCAGAUUAUGGGUGCUCUUGGAAUUCAAAAGGAGGACAUUCACAAAUUCGCCGAUUCGGACCACUGGCUCAACUACUUUCCUGCUCUCUGCGAGCGCGACCUCACCAACAUCGGUGCAAGAGUCGAUUUCAGAAGAAGUAUGGUCACCACCGACAGAAACCCUUACUACGAUGCUUUCGUCCGCUGGCAAAUGAACCGUCUGAAGGAACUGGGCAAGAUCAAGUUCGGCAAGCGUUACACUGUUUACUCUCCCAAGGAUGGACAAGCAUGCAUGGACCACGACAGAAGCUCGGGUGAGGGUGUCGGUGUUCAAGAAUACACUGCCUUGAAGCUCAAGGUUCAAGAAUGGGCCGAGCCCGCACAAAAGAUCCUUGCUGGCAAGCUCCCCGAGAACGCCAACGUCUAUUUCGUCCCCGCCACUCUCCGUCCAGAAACCAUGUACGGUCAAACUUGCUGCUUUGUCGGACCUAAGAUCGGCUACGGAAUCUACAAGGUCUCCGAGACCGAAUACUACUUCGUGUCAGAAAGAGCCGCUCGCAACAUGGCGUUCCAGGGCAUCUUCCCCGAGUGGGGUGUCUUCCCCAAGGUCGCCGACUUGCAAGGCUCAGACGUUGUCGGCACUCUCAUCAACGCUCCUCUCUCCGUCUACGAGAACGUCCGCAUUCUGCCUAUGGAGACCGUCAAGGCUUCCAAGGGUACCGGCGUCGUUACUUGUGUUCCCUCGGACUCUCCUGACGACUACAUCACCAUCCAGGACUUGGUCAAGAAGGCCGACUACUACAAGAUUAAGAAGGAGUGGGCCGACCUCGAGCCUCUUCCCAUCAUCGAGACCCCCACCUACGGAAACCUGACUGCCAAGAAGCUCUGUGAGGACAUGAAGAUUGCCUCGCCCAAGGACACCAAGCAGCUUGCUGAGGCCAAGGACCUUGCUUACAAGGAAGGCUUCUACAAGGGUACCAUGUGCUACGGUGAGCACAAGGGCAAGUCCGUCGAGGAGGCCAAGCCGCUUGUCAGACAGACUCUCAUCGACGCCGGCAACGCUUUCAACUACGCCGAGCCCGAUGGUGAGGUCAUGUCCCGUUCUGGUGAUUCGUGUGUCGCUGGACAUCUAGAUCAGUGGUACCUCAACUACGGCAAGAACGGUGAUGAGGCCUGGCAACAGGAGGUCCUUGGACACGUCAACGGCGAGCUCAACACAUUCUCCACCGAGGCCAAGAACGCCUUCCAACAGACUCUCGACUGGCUGGGUCAAUGGGCUUGCGCUCGUUCUUAUGGUCUUGGCUCGAAGCUUCCAUGGGAUCAGAAGUUCCUCGUAGAAUCCCUCUCCGAUUCUACCGUCUACCCCAGUUACUACACAAUUGCUCACUACUUGCACUCUGAUAUCUACGGAGACACACAAGGUCUUGGCAAGAUCUCUGCUGAGCAAAUGACUGAUGAGGUCUGGGAUUACAUCUUCACCCGUCGUGAAGACGUCGAGAGUGACAUCCCCAAGGAGACUCUCCAGACCAUGCGCAGAGAGUUCGAAUACUGGUACCCCCUGGACGUUCGUGUUUCUGGCAAGGAUCUCAUCCAGAACCACUUGACCUUCUUCCUCUACAUCCACGUCGCCCUCUUCCCUCGCGAAUACUGGCCUCGUGGUAUCCGUGCUAACGGCCAUCUGCUCUUGAAUGGUGAGAAGAUGAGCAAGAGCACUGGUAACUUCCUUACCUUGUACGAUGCAACCAAGAAGUUCGGUGCUGAUGCCACCCGUGUGUCCCUCGCCGAUGCUGGAGACUCGAUCGAAGACGCCAACUUCGAGGAGACCGUCGCCAACGCCAUCAUCCUCAAGCUCUUUGAGUUGAGAAAAUGGUGCGAGGAGACCAUCCAGGGCGCUCGUCUUCUCAAGGAAGGCGAGAACUACGUCGAGGUCAACAAGACCGAGCGUCUCAAGAACAACGACUGCGUUCAGCGUACCGGCGAGAGAUCCUUCUGGGACGACAUCUUCGAGAACGAGCUCAAUGGCUUGGUUAGCGAGACAAGAGAGCACUACGCCGCCACCAACUACAAGUCCGCUCUCAAGUCUGGCUUCUAUGACUUCACCAGUGCCCGUGACUUCUACCGUGAGAUUACCAAGUCUUCCGGUAUCGGCAUGCACCAGGACCUUGUCCGCAAGUACGUCGAGUUGCAAGCCUUGAUGAUCACUGUCGUUGCACCCCAUUGGGCAGAGUACAUUUGGCUCGAGGUUCUUGGAAAGCCUAGCACCGUCCAGAACGAGCUCUUCCCUCAAGUUCCUGCCACUAAGCCUGAGCUUACCGCCGCUCGUGAGUACUCCAAGGUCAUCGACUUGGUCCGUGACGCUUUCGACGGCCUGACCAUCGACAUGAAGGCAAUCAGCAAGAAGGUCGACAAGGCCGACAGCAAGAAGGCUAUGCCCUUCAUCCAAACCCUCAAGAAGAGCCUAGAGGGUGGCAUCGACUCAAACACUGUUUUCGAGCGCAAGCUCGCUUACAACGAAGUCGAUGUGCUCGCACAGAUGGUUCCUGGCUUGAUGAGCACAGUGCAAAGAUGUGUCUGCGUCGAAGUCAUCUCGGUCGAGCAAGGUGGCAAGACCGGCAAGGUUGUCGCCAGCUUGGGUGAGGCCGCUGCUGCCAAGGGUACUGAGAUGCCCGAGCUGCCGCCCCAGGCUGAGAACGCUGUUCCUGCUAACCCCACUUUCUUCUUCUCUAACAUCUAG